ACGAAAUGAUGCUAAUGUGUUUGUCUGCUUUAUAACGUAUUCAAAUUCCUUUGGUGCUUCACAAGAACAUGAUUUUAUGUCACCGUGCUCUCAGGUAAUGAUUCACAAACACACACACACACGCAUGCACGCACACACAGACAAAUGCAUACACGACGCAAGUUCCUCUUUGUGUGUCUGGGGGUUUCGGGUUUUUUCAUCCUUCUGCUUCUGGUGGCCAUAUAAACAGCGGCAGCACCCUGAGUUCAUGCAGGCAAACUGAACACACAGUCAGCACGGUCAUCUCAUCUCUCCGGUCUGCUCAUUAGGUCAACUUUCAGUUGUGACAUUCUCGCGUCAAGACCAGUUGUCAAGAUGCACUCAUUGAUCCUUACGGUCCUGUGUGCUGCACUGUGCUGCGCCACCUCUGGCACCAACCAAAACAACAUAGAGACUCUAAUGGAUAAUGUUCUGGUCCUGAGGGUGCCUUACGGUGUGGGCACCAAGGUGCAUGUUCCUCUGACCUGUGGAGAAGCUUAUCAAAACCAGCCUGUGUUUUGGAAGAAAAACGGUAUGGAUCUUAAGCCAGCUCUGCAGGGGAACCAGGUCAAGGUCCUGGUGGAGGAGAUGGAUGGAGGAAACUACACCUGUCAUCUCGGCCCAGACGGAGAAUACCUCAACCACACCGUGAUCCUGAUCCAGCUAGACCCAGACAACAGGACUGUCAUACUGGAGGAAAAAUCCCCUGAAGAAGGUCACAUCUACUGUUCAGCAUCUAACUACAAAGGCUCCUUCCACUGCACCUGGACAAGAACCAGGUCCAGACCCAACGCUGCUGUGCUCCUGGUGAAGGCAGAACGUCAUAUGGAGAAGAUUCCCUGUGAGCUGGAUGCUGAUGGAUCAGGGAUUCACUGCCAGGAUGCCAACUGCCCUUCCAAAGAGGAACAGCACCGCAUCUCCCUCACCAUUUACAUCCAUAGCUACUCUCGCCUCGAGGCCUACACGAAGGCUUUCUACCUGAGAGAGAUUGUGAGGCCGGCAGAACUCACUAACCUGCACAGCACUGAUGGGAAGCUGUUCAGCUGGAGCUACCCUGACUCCUGGGAGAAGCCCUGCACCUUCUACAGCCUGCAGUUCCAGGUCAAGGUGGUCCACAACGGACAGUCCUGUCGCAGUGAAGAGCACAUAAUGGACACCCAAACUGAGGAGGCUAAGUUUGAGGUCAAUGUCAAAACCAGGAGGUAUGUCUUCUGCGUGCGAGCUCAGGACAAAUACACCAGUGGGCCGUUUAGCCCCUGGAGCUACUGCACAGUGAACAAACAUAUCGUGACCUGCUAACUUCUUUCGCUGGACGGCAGCCAGAAUGGAACGAAGAACACAUGUAUGGGAAGGAAACAUUUUUGUUACUUCUGUAUUUUACUCAUUAAAAAAAAAAAAAAAAAAAAAA